AUGGCUACAUUUCCUCCUCUCAAAGAACUAGCUGUCAUCUUGCUUUGUUUACUAUUGCGACCUUCGACUGCAUUCAACAAACCAAAGAAUCCAAAGAAUUCCGAAAUGAAAGCUUGGACGUGUCAUGGACGGAAUCAAAAGGAAUUGGUGGAACGAUUAUGCCAAGCCUCCAUCAUCAAGACACCAGCGGUGAAGAAAACAAUGGAGAUGGUAGAUCGAAGUUGUUAUAUUCCUACGAAUCCAUACAGAGAUGCCCCUCAAGCGAUUGGACACGGUCAAACAAUCAGUGCUCCUCACAUGCAUGCUCACGCGCUGGAGGAAAUCUAUCCCUACCUAGUCGGGAAGAAAGAAUUGAAGGUAUUGGACGUGGGAUGUGGCUCUGGGUAUCUUACAACGGCUUUGGGCCGAUGUCUUCAGUUGUUGAAAGAGCAAAAGGAACAGCCUGAAACCCAAAAAUGCGAAUCGGCAAGUAUUCUGGGCAUUGAUGUGCAUCAGUACUUGAUUGAUUUGACGCGUGAGAACAUGAAUAAAGCAGAUAGUGACCUAUUGGAAUCCGGGACAGUGAGGAUUGCGCUAAGGGAUGGUUGGAAAGGAUGGGAGGAAGAAGCUCCAUUUGAUGCCAUUCACGUUGGAGCAGCAGCUGAUUCCUUGCCCGAACAGCUCCUCAAUCAGCUCAAAGUCGGAGGUGUCAUGAUUAUUCCAAUUGGACCACAGUCACAAAUUCAAAAUCUGUACAAGAUAGAACGAUUGAAUCAGACUGAAGAGGGCAGUGAGAGGUACCACUCCGAAGACUUUCGCACGACUCCUCUGUUGGGUGUUCGCUAUGUACCUUUGAUUCGCCCGUAG